AGGCAUCAUGGCCGCUAAGUCAGACGGGAGGCUGAAAAUGAAGAAGAGCAGCGACGUGGCGUUCACCCCGCUGCAGAAUUCGGACCACUCGGGCUCGGUGCAGGGAUUGGCUCCGGGUUUGCCGUCGGGGUCUGGAGCUGAGGACGAGGAGGCGGCCGGGGGUGGCUGCUGUACGGAAGGUGGUGGUGGUGGCUGCUCCCGGUGCUGUUGCUGCGGCGGCGGCAGCAGUAGUUCGGGCGGCGGCUCGGGGGUCUCUGGCGGCGGCGGUGGGGGGGGCUCCUCCUCGUUGUGCCUGCGUCUAGGCAGGGAGCAGCAACGCUACUCGCUGUGGGACUGCCUCUGGAUACUGGCCGCUGUGGCUGUGUACUUCGCGGAUGUGGGUACAGACAUCUGGCUGGCAGUGGACUACUAUCUGAGGGGCCAGCGCUGGUGGUUUGGACUCACUCUCUUCUUCGUGGUGCUGGGUUCCCUCUCUGUGCAGGUGUUCAGCUUCCGCUGGUUCGUGCACGAUUUCAGUACCGAGGACAGCUCCACGAGCACCUCGGCGGCGGCGGCAGCAGCCACUGGUUCCUCUUCCUCUAGUUGCCCACAGCCUGCAGCCGACUGCAAGACGGUGGUCAGCGGUGGGUCUGCAGUCGGAGAAGGAGAUGCUCGUCCUUCAACACCGCAAAGGCAAGCUUCAAAUGCCAGCAAGAGCUAUACCACCACCAACAGCAGCAACAGCAGCAGUGCCACCCGGGCCAGCGGCAAGAACAGGUCUGCGUCCUGUUCAUUCUGCAUCUGGCUCCUGCAGUCACUCAUCCACAUCUUGCAGCUCGGGCAAAUCUGGAGAUAUUUCCACACCAUCUACUUAGGUAUCCGAAGCCGCCGCAGUGGGGAGAAUGACAGAUGGCGGUUCUACUGGAAAAUGGUGUAUGAGUAUGCAGAUGUGAGUAUGCUGCAUUUGCUAGCCACCUUUCUGGAGAGCGCUCCGCAGCUGGUCCUGCAGCUCUGCAUUGUCGUUCAGACUCAUACCUUACAGGCCCUCCAAGGUCUCACUGCUGCGGCCUCACUUGUGUCCUUGGCUUGGGCCUUGGCCUCCUACCAGAAAGCCCUUCGGGACUCCCGUGAUGACAAGAAACCCAUCAGCUACAUGGCCGUCAUCAUCCAGUUUUGCUGGCAUUUCUUCACCAUUGCCGCCAGGGUCAUCACCUUUGCCCUCUUUGCCUCUGUUUUCCAGCUCUACUUUGGGAUCUUCAUCGUCCUUCACUGGUGCAUCAUGACCUUCUGGAUCGUCCACUGUGAGACGGAAUUCUGUAUCACAAAGUGGGAGGAGAUUGUCUUCGAUAUGGUGGUUGGGAUCAUCUAUAUCUUUAGCUGGUUCAAUGUGAAGGAAGGCAGGACACGUUGCCGGCUCUUCAUUUACUACUUUGUGAUUCUUUUGGAAAAUACUGCCUUGAGUGCCCUAUGGUACCUAUACAAGGCUCCCCAGAUUGCAGAUGCGUUUGCUAUACCAGCACUGUGUGUGGUAUUCAGCAGCUUUUUAACAGGCAUUGUUUUUAUGCUGAUGUAUUAUGCCUUCUUUCACCCCAAUGGACCCCGUUUUGGGCAGUCACCAAGCUGUGCUUGUGAGGACCCGGUAGCAGCCUUCGCACUGCCCCCAGAAGUGGCCACAAGCACUCUAAGGUCCAUUUCCAAUAACCGCAGCGUUGCCAGUGAUCGAGAUCAGAAGUUUGCAGAGCGGGAUGGGUGUGUGCCUGUCUUUCAGGUGAGGCCAACUGCCCCUUCCACCCCAUCCUCCCGACCACCAAGGAUUGAAGAGUCAGUCAUUAAAAUUGACUUGUUCAGGAAUAGAUACCCAGCCUGGGAGAGACACGUAUUGGACAGAAGCCUAAGGAAGGCCAUCUUAGCUUUUGAAUGUUCCCCUGCUCCUCCGAGGCUACAAUACAAAGAUGAUGCUCUUAUUCAGGAGCGGCUGGAAUACGAAACUACUUUAUAGAAAACUGAAAGUCUUGAAGGAGCCAUGAGGUUACAGUCCAGAUUAAGGGUUGACAGCAGGGCUGCGGCAAUAACUAUACUCUAUGGUAGAGUAGAACGAGGAGCUGUAAAGGUCUUAGUCUGGCUGUCAUCAUGAUUAUCAUUUGAUCCACAGGCUGCAGACUGGUGGCUGUAAUAUCCUUUUCAGAGAAGCAGCCCCCGAGAGUCUCAGUUACUUCAGCGGGGGUGCAGAUCCCCAGCUCUUGACUCCUUGUACCUAUCAAACUCCUGCACAGAGCUUUCAAUCAAAACUACCGGAAGAUUCUGAUGUGUCCAUGUAGCCUCCAACUAAUAGGGCAUUUUAAUGGGGUUGCCUGAUCUUUGCAUAAUGACAUAUUUAAUCAUGAUCUAUACAACACACAC